AUGCCUUCCGAGAAUAUCUAUUACGACGUGAAGUCACGACAUUUCUUUCGAUUGUCUUCCAUCGAGAAUGUGCUGAUAAAUAAAAAGAUGAAUGGGAACGAAAAUCAAAUGUGGAAUCUCAAGAGCAGCGUCGCGAAUUCGGCCCAACAAGGCAGUAAAAGUGAAGUUAGACGUCUAGCAUUCAGAAGUAAUGGAUGCACGUGCCAACAACUUACUUGUGGGUGUUGCCUCGGAAUUAACCUAAAUCAGUUUCAGUUUAACAGGGAAGGUUGCAUGAAUUUUACAUAUGACCCACAAGAGUUCGCCGUAACAAUGGAAAUGAUUAUGGAUGAAAAUACAGUAUUCACCAAUUCAUUUUCCGCGAAGAAUCCACCACCUUUAUGCAUUCCGGUGCCGAUACCUUACAUUCCGAUCCAAGUGGAGACUUGUGCGAAAUUGUUUGAUAUACAUACGCCCGGACAAAACUUGCAUAUGUGUUUCGAUUUCGAAACUAGGAUCCAGGGGGCAACUGUACUCAUCCUGCAUUUUGAUUGCAUGAGGAUGGGAACUGACGGCGUCGCUUUGCUUAAACCUGGUGAAUCGGUAGGCGGUCCGUUUUUAACAACAACCCCGGAGUCAUCACAGCUAGAUGCCGAUGUCUACGACCAGGUUACGGAAAUUAAACGUAAAAGCCCGAAAAACUAGUUUAUAGCGAAAUGCAAUUCUGGCUGUUUCACUUAUAACUUGUCAGCAACAGAAAAUAUUUUCCAAAAUACAUCUUCUUGUUGGCGUCUACUAUAUGACAUCGUAAUAAAAAUCGCGUAAUCGCUAAGCCAUAGAGAAAAUUAUGAAUAUUUCCUUAGAGAAUACGUUAUAUAUAGAUUACUGAUAGCUUAAUUUACCUGGCAUGGAAAAAAUGAAAACCAAAACUAACAAAUUAGCAAUUAAGAAUUAAAGAAAUAGAUUUUUCCAAAAUAAUUGUAUUGACAAACAAUGUCCUUUUAACAUUCACAAAUUAGCAAGAAUUUAAAUGAAUUUUCCUUAAAAUGAACUAUAUAAAUAAAGAAAAAAACAAAAUUAAAAUUAAUUAAAAAAAGUUCAUUAUAUUAUU